ACUUAAAUGGUUUCUAAACUUAAAACGCAUUUUUUGCACCGUUUGCGUUCUUAUUGUUUUACCACUUACACAAUUAUUUGAAGUAUAUAUUAUAUACAAUACACAUGGUUUAAAUUAUAUUUCUAGGGGGGGGAACAACUCUCAGAUGGGUCAUUAUCUACAAUCCAUGCAAACAGAGCAAGGUUUCCUGCAAAUCAGCAAGAAAAAGUCCAGGUUCAUGAUUUUGAUCACCGUGUUCUCUUCAAAUGAAUCUGAGUACCAGAGGAAGUGGUCACAGUGCUAUGCUGCAGCCAUAGAUGAAGACCACCAUGAAAACCAGAGCUUGUACCAGAAGGGAGUACAUUGCCAUCUUCUUCUUUCUGGCUGUGGCUGUCACCAUCUGUGUCUUACAUAAAGUGGACGUUCUGGGGAUUCAGCAUAAAGUGAACUUCGCCACCAUCAUCGUCCCAAGAGUUUCCACUGACCCUGACGUGCAUCGCGGCUUCUGCACCUUCCAACCACUGUCCCCUAACGACGCUCUGGAGGAACGCCUCUUACUGGACUCCAUUGCUUGGCCUAAAACUUCACUUUUGCCAGCUCCUCUUUCCCUGGAGAAGACCAGUGACCCAGCUCACAGCUCCUUCACCAUUCUCCCAGGGAGGGGGGGAGGACAGUGGCACGUAGGGGAUCAGCUGGAGGUUAGGAUCAAUAUGUCUGAUUUCCAGGGUCGUCCCAAGAAGUCUGGAGGGGACUUCUUACUCGCCCAACUGCACAACUGGAAGCUUAGUGCAGGUGUGGUUGGGCAAGUGGUGGAUCAUCUGAAUGGCAGCUACUCUGCUGUAUUCCCCUUACCCUGGGAAGGAGACGCGCAGGUUGAGGUGACGCUGGUUCACCCUAGUGAGGCUAUCCCAGUGCUGAACCGGCUAAACAGCGAACAGCCUGACAGGCUUUACUUUAAGAGCCUCUUCCGCUCUGGCUCAAUCUCUGAAACUAGCAUCUGUAACGUCUGCCUACGUCCAACCCAGCCGCUGUGCAACUACACUGACCUCCGUACAGGCGAGCCUUGGUUCUGCUACAAGCCAAAGAAGCUGAGCUGUGAUGCCAGGAUCAACCACGCAAUGGGAAAAUACGAACAAACCUUCAGGGCCAAUGAGGAUAAGCUCUUUCAAAGGGGUGUCAACUUGAAAGUCUUCAUUCGGGCUUCAGGACCUAAUAUUGUCACCAUGUUGCCAAAAAUGAAAGGCCAAUCAGAGGUGAAGAGCAGCAGCGUGAAGUCGGGACCCUCUGGUUAUUACUACCAGGGUGUGUGGCGAGCACUCGGUGGCACCACAGUUCGCCAAUUUGACAACUCUGCCAUCAUUCAGUGUCUGAAAGGCAAGGGGGUCUACAUGUAUGGAGACUCUACCGUCAGGCAGUUUUUUGAGUACCUCAACGCAGCACUACCAGACCUUAAGGAGUUUGACCUGCACAGCCCAAAGAAAGCUGGACCGUACAUCUCCUUGGACUAUGCAAACAACAUCUUGUUGAUGUCACGCUUCCAUGGUCCUCCUAUCCGUAUUGUCCCUGUCUCAACCAGCGAGCUUCGUUACAUUGCCAAUGAAAUUGAUGGCUUAGUCGGAGGCACGAACACUGUCGUAAUUUUUGGUAUUUGGGCUCACUUUGGAACUUUCCCCAUGGAGAUCUACAUCCGGCGGCUGCAGAACAUCCGCAGGGCGGUGGCGCGGCUGCUAGACAGGGCUCCAGGCACGGUGGUCAUCAUCCGGACAGGGAACGCCAAAGUUUUGUCACUUGAUGUGGCGCUAACCAACAGCGACUGGCACUCGCUGCAGUGUAACAAGGUGCUCAGAGCCGUGUUCAAAGGACUGAACGUUCAUCUGAUCGAUGCCUGGGAGAUGGUUCUUGCCCACCAACUGCCACACGACCUCCACCCACCAUCUCCCAUAAUUAAAAAUAUGAUUAACGUUAUCUUGUCCUACGUAUGCCCUCAAAAGGGCGACUAGGUGUGUGUGUGUGUGUGUGUGUGUGUGUGUGUGUGUGUGUGUGUGUGUUGGGGGAGAGGAGUGGGGAUUAAAACGCAAUCUGUUUCUACCAAGUGUUGGAUUUUUCCUUCAGCAGUCCAUGCACUGACUAGACUAACUACAAUGUUUCUAUUUUUAUUUUCAGUCAGGGAAUGUUGAGUGAGCACAAAAGAAACACGACUGGAUGGAAAGCAGCUCCGAGCUGGGUUGGGUAUUACAAACGGCUUAAUAAUCACACUUAUCACAUACUGUACGACUUCAUGCCCAAGUCUUAGAGUUGUCAAGAAAAAAUGUAGAAUCUGAUUAAGCAGAUUAAGACAAGAUAGUAUUGCCAUGGAACUUCCUCCUUACAUAAUUCAUAGUCAGUCUAUGAAAGAAACGAUGGGGUUCUAACGACAAUAGGCUGGGAUUUAAAGACACUCAUCCAGCAGUUACCUGUACUCUGCUGGUUUCUUGGUUUGACUCCAAGGUGUGACGUGGUCACUGUAACUCACCAUAGUUUUCUUUUAAGUGCAAUUAGUAUGUAAAUGAAAAGAGAACAUUAUAUGUAGUACUACAAAAUAGCAGAUAUACCUGUAGGCCUGUAACAAUUAUUACAUCAUUGUCUAAUCGCAAUUCUUUUACGUUAUUUUUGCGGUUUCUAUGUUAAACCGCAAUUCUUUUCUUUUUAACCAUUAGCUAAGGUGCUAAAGGGUAUGACUGUUGAUGAAUUGUGUAUUUUGUUUAGAUGUGCCAAAUUGUAAUUAUAUAGGUGAUUAUUGAUCGGACUGUUGAGCUAAAGCUAUGCUGGCAGCAGCUGUCACUUGUUGCCAUAGCAACUCCAAACAUCCUGGGCUGUUAGCUGCCUCAAGCCUGAGAAAUUCAACACGCUAGUGUUUCUGGCCUGAAAUCUGCCCGACAAACACAGUGAUUAAACAUCCAAUUAAUUGUACAGCAACACUUGGAAUUGUUACAGCUCUAGAUACCUGACUUUAGUUUUGUAUUUGCCAUGCAAUAAACUAGUCUCUUUUUGUCUUUAAAAGGAGGUCUACUAAGUUCAGUCAAGGUUCCAUUCUUUCUGAGAGUAAGUUUAACAAAAACAUGUACAUCUAUCUCAGAAUGACUCCAGGAUGGCUUAUAUACGAGAUACUGUUGUUAUCCAGCAUGGUGGGAGUUUUUUUUCCAUUCUAUAGAGGAUAAAACUGGAUUCACUGGAAGUGGAUUCACUUUUUAAGAAGCCUUAAUAAUAUCUAACUUUACCUUAAACAGCCACAUAUUUAUAAAAAUGUCCCUCAUGGGAUGUUAAUGGUUUAAUGGCUCCAACCUGUUGAAAGAUCAGGAACAAAGACUAUUUUGAUGAUGUAACAAGUGUAUUUACAUGUGAACUUUUUGUAUGAAAUUUAAAACUAUCGUUGCAACACUAUUAAAUAACAUGUAAUU